UCGUAUGAGGACCUGGUGCAGCGUCUGGAGCCAGUGAUCAUGGAACUAGAGAGACAGGAGAAUGUUCUGGUGGUGUGCCAUCAGGCUGUCAUGCGCUGUCUGCUAGCUUACUUCCUGGAUAAGAGUGCAGGUAAGACUGUCUACCCACAAUCCACAGCCUCAGACACUACAGGCUACAGACACUACACUACUACUACUACUACUAUUAUACUAUAUACCAUUCGGAAAGUUUUUAGACCCCUUCCUUUUUUCCACAUUUUAUUACGUUACAGCCUUAUUAAAAAAUGGAUUAAAUAAAACACUUCUCUCAUCAAUCUACACACAAUACCCCAUAAUGACAAAGUCAAAACAGGUUUUUUAGAAAUGUUUGCAAAUUUAUAAAAAAAACAAAAAAACAGAAAUACUUUAUUUACAUAAGAAUUCCGACUCUGCAUGUGUAUGUCUGAGCAAAAAUUAAGCCAUGAAGUCGAAUGACUUGUCCGUAGAGCUCAGAGACCGGCACAGAUCUGGGGAAGGGUACCAAAAAAAUGUCUGUAACAUUGAGGGUCCCCAAGAACACAUUGGCCUCCAUCAUUCUUAAAUGGAAGAACUUUGGAACCAUCUUCCUAGAGCUACCCGCCCGGCCAAACUGAGCAAUCUGGGGAGAAGGGCCUUGGUCAGGGAGGUGACCAAGAACCUGAUGGUCACUCUGACAGAGCUCCAGAGUUCCUCUGUAGAAAUGGGAGAAGGACAACCAUCUCUCAGCAAUCCACCAAUCAGGCCUUUAUGGUAGAGUGGCCAGACGGAAGCCACUCCUCAGGAAAAGGCCCGCUUGGAGUUUGCCAAAAGGCACCUAAAGACUCUCAGACCAUGAGAAACAAGAUUCUCUGGUCUGAUGAAACCAAGAUUGAACACUUUCGCCUGAAUGCCAAGCGUGACGUCUGGAGGAAACCUGGCACCAUCCCUAUGGUGAAGCAUGGUGGUGGCAGCAUCAUGCUGUGGGGAUUUUUUUCAGUGGCAGGGACUGGUAGACUAGUCAGGAUCAAGGGAAAGAUGAACGGAGAAAAAUACAGAGAGAUCCUUGAUGAAAACCUGCUCCAGAGCUAUCAGGACCUCAGACUGGGGCGAAGGUUCACCUUCCAACAGGACAACGACCCUAAGCACACAGCCAAGACAUGCAGGAGUGGCUUCUUGACAAGUCUCUUAAUGUCCUUGAGUGGCCCAGCCAGAGCCCGGACUUAAACUCAAUCUAACAUCUCUGGAGACCUGAAAAUAGCUGUACAGCGACGCUCCCCAUCCAACCUGACAGAGCUUGAGAGGAUCUGCAGAGAAGAAUGGGAGAACCUCCCCAAAUACAGGUGUGCCAAGCUUGUAGCAUCAUACCCAAGAAGACUCGAGGCUGUAAUCGCUGCCAAAGGUGCUUCAACAAAGUACUGAGUAAAGGGUUUGAAUACUUAUGUAAAUGUAAUAUUUUAGUUUUUUAUUUGUGAUACAUUUGCAAACAUUUCUAAAAACCUGUUUUUGCUUUGUCAUUAUGGGGUAUUGUGUGUAGAUUGAUGAGGGGAAAAAAACAAUUUAAUCAAUUUUAGAAUAAGGCUGUAACGUAACAAAAUGUGGGAAAAAUGAUGGGGUCUGAAUACAUUCCAAAUGCACUGUACUACUAGCACACAGCUUUGGAACCUUUGAAAUGUCAGUGUUGAAAUGAUCCAUCUAUCAGAGGAAAUGUUUGAGUUCUGUCUCCCCAUCUUUCUCUCUCCUCUUUCUCCCCUCCCCUCCACUCUUCUCCCCAUCUCUCUCGCCCUCCAGCGGAGUUGCCAUAUCUGAAGUGUCCUCUCCACACGGUGCUGAAACUCACCCCAGUCGCCUACGGUCGGUUUCUCUCUCUCUCUCUCUCUCUCUCUCUCUCUCUCUCUCUCUCUCUCUCUCUCUCUCUCUCUCUCUCUCUCUCUCUCUCUCUCUCUGUUUCUCUCUCUCUCUCUCUCUCUCUCUCUGUUUCUCUCUCUAUGAAUAUAUAAGUAGAAAUGUUUAACAAUGAUAAUGCAAAUUGAUUUACCAAUCAGCUGUAGCCCUGGGGUCUCUAUUCUUUCUCUCAGGCUGUGAGGUUGAGUCCAUCUUCCUCAACAUUGAAGCAGUCAACACACACAGAGACAAACCAGUG